AUGUUGAUGCUGGCGAGAAAGCGACGGACAGCAAAAUCAGCAAUAACAACCAACCCCAAACCACCAACACCAACGCCAGUCACGGAACCUUCAGAUGGCCCUCGACGGAGACGAGGUCGGCCUAUGAAAAAAUUCUCUGAAUUAAAACCCCCACGCAAAUUCCGAACAGAGCUUGCCAAAAUCCUGCACCAGCAGAACACGUCCAAAAUGGCAUGUCCAUCUUCCAAGCCCAAUAGCAUGUCGACACUAGAGUCCCUCCCCGUCGAAUUGAUUCAGCAGAUCUUCUUCCACAGCUUUGAGGUCAACCUGCCGCGUGCCUCCCCACACCUGAACAAAGCCCUCUCCAAGCCAUCCAUUUACACUGCCCUCGUCCUCUUCGCAUACUUCGACCACGACGGCGAAAGUCCCGUGGAAACCCACCAUUUUAAGCCUGCAGAGUACCGUCGUAUCAGCGUAGACGACCAGAUCCGAAUACAAAAGGGGAUUCUCGGCUGUAAAUGGUGCACGCUCGACAUGAUAAAAUCAUGCAUGCCGGCAUUGAGCAGGCUCCAGAUGACACAGGCAUGGUACCGCGAACACCUGGCUGAGAGGAAGCUGAAUAUCCCCAUGGAACCCCGGGAGCUUUCUGUGCCACAGGUGCCGAAUGAGACAUUACGCCCCGUUGCGGCCUUGCCCGCGCUCGAUGACCAGGAGGCCAUGGAGAAGCAUUUCCUCGCAAAGCUCGAACCACCGUCAAACGGGACGUUGGGGUUCGCGCACCCGCAGCCGCUUCCCGGUGCUCGUCAGCCGAAACCCACGCUCGGCCCAACCGGACACGAAAACCACCUGCCGCGCAUCAUGCAGUGGAGCUCCUCCGCGGACGAGAACCGGCAACUACACAAGACGGUGCACCAGGGCGUGAGCACGGUGGCGGCACGAGUCCUUCCCGAUGCAAUAUUGCGAGGAAAUCCAUGGACAGACUCGAAGAUCACGUUGCUGCAACUUCUACGACAGGGCAUGCGGUUCCUGGCGUCUGAGCACGUGCUGGAAUUGUCCGCCGAUGCGCUUUUUGCCGGCAUGGCGAGUGCGAUUCGCGAAGGCAGCGAGAGAGCUCUCCUUGUCUUACUCGAACUACAUAGCGCGGUAAUGAAACUGCACCCUGCGCACGACCCGGCAUAUUUCAUCGACCGCACCACACCGAAGAGACGGCAUCUCGUGGGACCCUUCGCGCAUCCUUUGCCGAUUUCGCUAUUCCAUCUGGCGUGCCAGACGCAGACAGAGAAACAGGAUUCGACGGCGCGAAUCCUUGCGCUCCUGCUCCGCGAAGGCCUCGACACAGUACCCUCUGACGAUAACAUGUUGACACGUUGGGCAUCUCAUGCGAAAGCGCACCCGGCCUCGGCAUAUGAGUACGCACUUGCAAGCUGGCUGCUGAAGCACAUGCUCGCGACCAAUGACUACGGUUUAGGACGGGGCGACCCGCUGUUCGUCAACGGGAUGUUGUCGUGGCGGCGGAGGGAGGGAGACUAUCCGUUUCUCGAAUCCACAUUUACUAGCGAGAUUGGGUAUGUAUAUGAAGGCGCGGUGGCGGGCGUGGUGAGGGCGAGAGAUGGAGGGCCUUGUGGGUAA